UUUCAGACAUGAUGCAAUUUUUACAAACACUUUAUUGGAGUCUUCGUUUUUGGGUCAAAAAAUCCAACCAAACUACAGCAUUCUAUUCGGAAUCAGAAGGGCGCCACUGCACAUCAUCUGAUUUUGCUAAUUCGAUGGCUGAAAAAUGGAAGAACACUGCUCUCCUUGUCAUUGACAUGCAGAAAGAUUUCAUACUUGAGGAUGGUUUGUUGCGCGUAGAUGGAGGCAAAGCUAUUGUCCCUUCUGUUAUUAAGGCCGUUGAAGUUGCUAGACAGCGUGGUAUUCUUGUUGUUUGGGUUGUUCGUGAACAUGACCCACUGGGAAGAGAUGUUGAACUCUUCCGUCAGCACUUGUACUCGGCUGAGAAGCCAGGACCAACCUCUAAGGGAAGUUUGGGUGCAGAACUUGUUGAUGGCCUAGUGAUAAUGGAAGGGGAUUAUAAAUUAGUAAAGACGCGUUUUAGUGCCUUCUUUGCCACACACCUUCAUUCAUAUCUUCAGAGUUCUGGAAUUAAUAAUUUAGUUGUUAUUGGUGUUCAAACUCCAAAUUGCAUCAGGCAGACUGUCUUUGAUGCAGUAGCGUUGGACUAUCAGUCAGUUACUGUUAUUGUUGAUGCCACAGCCGCUGCAACACCUAAUAUACAUAUUGCCAAUAUUUUUGACAUGAAAAAUGUUGGAGUUGCAACCCCGACGUUACAGGAAUGGUGCGAGUCGGACAUAUCCUCUGCUUGACAAGUUGAGUGAUUACUUCGCCAGCUGUCUUGUGCUGUCAGGAUGACAUAAGAGCCGCUUCUUUCUUCCUGCUUUGAAUAAAUGGAAUAUGUGGUUGGUUCCUGCCUCAAACUGCUAGCUGUACGAAAACUGCUUUUGUAUACAUUUCAAUUGAUAAUUGCCAUAAGGUUUUUUCAUGUGCUCAA